AUGAUGGGGAAACUCCCCCUGGGGGUUGUAUCCCCUUAUGUGAAGAUGAGUUCGGGGGGCUGCACAGACCCCCUGAAAUUCUACGCCACCAGCUACUGCAUAGCCUACGGCCGGGAGGAUUUCAAGCCCCGCAUGGGCAUUCACCACGGCACAGGCUACAGAUCAAAUUACCGGCCCGUGGUCUCAUGUCAACCCAAUCUCAGUGCCCUGGACAACCCGGCCGUGGGGGAACAAGUCUGCAACAAUUUCCAGACCGUGACCAGUCAGAGCUCCCGUCCCCUGGAGGUGCCUGAUGGCAAAUACCCACUGCCCUGGAACAUGCACCAGACCCACCCUGGCUCCUCUCGGGAGAAGGCCUGGGAAGCCACCCCCACCAGGGAGGUCAGGAAGGUGCAUUUUGACACCCAGGACUGUGGGCCCCAGGCCAUCAAGGGGCUGGAGCCCAAGGAAGUGCCCUUGCUCCACCGACAGCAGAACAAGGGCUCGCUGGAGUGGGAGGAUGCCCGACACGGCCCCCGCUUCAUGACUUCCGAGUAUGAUCCCAAGUAUCUCAAGGAGCCUUCAAACCAGCCAGAUCUCUUGCAGAAGAAAUCAGCUGGGGCCAAGGAGGAGACUGGCUUAACCGAAGCUUCCAACAAGAGCCCCAUCAUCUUCCAGCCGCCCUCCCAGGUCCUCCCUGGGGACCCGGUCCUCCUCCCCAGCCGGAGUGUCACCAAGUCAGACUUUCUCCCCAUGACCCAUCCUCACGGGGAUGAGUUCCUGCCGGUGCUGGCCAGAGGCUCCGAGAGGGAGACCGGCUUCAGCCGGGUGAAGGAGAGGACUCUGAACCCCAGAGUGCCCCCUUCCGGCCCAGAACCCAGCAGCAUGAACCACUGGCAAUUCCAGCCCCCGCAGAGGAUGCAACAGACAAAUGUUGCCCUGCUUGGCCAGGAGACCGUGUGGAAAAAGGAGCCCACAGGGUUCAGCCUUAACAACCCCAGCUAUGUCCGGAGCCCCUAUGACCCUGACCUGGAUAAUCGCUACCUGACCACCUACAACCAAGGGUACUUCGAGAACAUCCCCAAGGGUCUAGACAGUGAAGGCUGGACUCGAGGUGGCUUCCAGCCCCAGAAGCCCGGAGGCUAUGCCCUCAACCAGCCGGUCACCCGCCUGCAGGCCACCUCCAACCCCACAGAGAGCCUGCGGCGCCUGAAUCCCCAUGUGGGCAGGACCCUGGUCUCGGCUGACCCCUUCUACCGAGCCACACCUCCCGGCAGCCACAGCAGCGGCUUCGCGGUGCCCCUCUGAGCCUGAGGCCUGGGUUUGCCGACCCCAGGGGACAGGAGCUGGCUACUGUC